UCCAUUGCUUUCAACACAAGGUAGAUGUAAGUUUUACAAGACCGCCAAGGAGUCUGCAGAUGGUGGAAACAGGACCGUACUGAAAGGUAUACCAUUAUAAUACAAUAGACCUGUGCUACCUGUGGACCCAGGUGAAGGAGCAGAACACCAAGCAGGAGGAGCAGUAAUGGAACAGCAUGAAAGUAAUAUUUUGCAGAAGAGUAGGAUCUGCAAGACAGAGCCACAGAUGAUGUCCACAGCUACCUCUGACUUGUGCCAACCGGUUGAUCAGUGUGGUAUAUGUGAUUGUAGAUGCCCAUCCCCUGUGUUAAUGGUGUCCUGCGGGCACCGCUUCUGUCUUAGCUGCCUGGAGGGUUUCUGGCAGAAUCUUCCUAACUGUGAAAGACCAUGCCCUGCUUGCAAAUUGCCAUGGGAAGGGCAAGCAAGAGAACCCCAACAGAGAUUAAAGUGUGACUUGUGCCCACCUCACAGCCCAUGCAUUGCCCAAUGGAGCUGCUUGACUUGUGGGGAGUCAUAUUGUCCUGAGCACUUUCGGCCACACAUGCUUGACGAGAAUAGAGCCAACCACCAAGUAUGCAAUGCUGAAAAAGAAGAGGCCAUAAACAUGGGAGAGAGGAGAAGAAGGGGGCACUGGUGCCAGGAGCACAGGGAAAGGCAAGUGGAGCUCUUCUGCCAAGCAUGCAGAGUAUGUGUAUGUACACUCUGCCCCCUCCUUGGAGAACACAAAGGCCACCCAGUGACUCUCAUAGAACAAGAAGCCAUUCACAAGAAGAAUCUGACAAGCAGAUGCCUGGAGCAGCUUGAUCAAAAGAAAAGCUAUGUACUUGGCAACAUACAUCAUAUUGAACAAGCUGCCACGGAUCUCAAGGCCCACACUUUGGCAAGCAAAGAUACACUGACAGUAAAAUUUACACAGCUAAGAUUGCUCCUGGAUGAAGAGGAAAAAUUAGCAAAGAAAUUUAUUGAAGAUAAGGCAAAAUUGGCACUGUGGGCAUAUGAUGGUCAGAUAGAAUCCUGCCAUGAUCAGAUAUGUGUCAUCGACAAAUUUAAAGCCCAUGUCAGAAGAAUACAUCAACAACCUGAUGCUGUAGAACAUAUUCAGGCUUUUACCUCAGUUGAAAAAGAAAUGAAGAGCCAGUCAACUCCGGCUGAGCAGCUGCAUCCGGUCCCUGUCAAAUUUGAACAUGUAGAGAAAUACUACGGUGCCUUCAUAGAAAACCUCAGAUCUUCAAUCAAGGAGCCACUUCCAGUCCGCCUUCAAAAAGAUGCAGUUGAUGGUCCAAGUUCAAGAUCAACCCAAAAUCCAGGAAAAGUAAUGAAAACAACAUCCUAUGGGAAUCGGUCAUCACUCUUAAAAUAUGCCAGAACUCCCACUUUAGACUCGGACACAAUGCACCCUAAACUGAGGCUCUCUGAGGACCUACUCACAGUGUAUUGUGCUUGGUUAGGGAAAUUUAACUCAAGCCACCCACCAAGGUUUGAUAAACUCAUGCAAAUUCUGAGCAGAGACUCCUACUUCUCAGGCAGUCACUAUUGGGAAGUAGAUGUCCUGCAGGCAGGACAAGGGUGGUGGAUCGGAAUCACAUAUCCAUCCAUACAAAGGAAGGGAGACACAGAAUUGAGUCGUCUUGGGUGGACCAGUGGCUCAUGGUGCAUAAAGAGAUAUGAUUUUGAGUAUUGGGCUUUUCAUAAAGGAGAAAGGAAACCAAUUCAUCUUACUCACCCUCCAGAAAAAGUUGGUGUUUUCCUUGACUAUGAAUCUGGAUUUCUCUCAUUCUUUGAUGUCACAUCCGGCAUGAAGCAUUUGCAUACCUUCCGCUGUAGAUUUACUGAGCCUUUGCAUCCAGCUCUUCGAUUAUGGGAUGGAUUAGUCACAAUGUGUAGACUGACGUAAUAAUAAUCCAACCUGACUUUGGGGAAAAUUCUAUGCAUUUGGAAAGUCUUCAAACCUUUAAAAUUUCGAUAUGUUGAUUUCUUGUGCUACAAAAACUCAGGUUUUCCCCCAUAAGUCUGUACUAAGUCCCCCAUAUUGAGAAUGUGAAAAAAAUGUUUCCGAAAUCUUUGCAAAUAUUUAGACCCCUUGCUAUGACACUUGAAAUGUAGCUUUGGGGGCCUCCCAUUUCUCUUGAUCAACAUUGAGAUGUGGCAGAGUGGCCAGAAAGAAGCCUCUCCUCCGUAAAUGACACAUGAAACCUUACCUGGAGUUUGCAAAAAAAAGGACUUCCAGACUGCAAGAAACAAUAUUCUCUAAUCAGAUGUAACCAAGAUUGAUCUAAAUUCUAAGCACCAUGUCUGGAGAAAACCAGGUCAUGCUAACAACAUGCACAAUACUAUCCCUACUUAAGCAUGGUGGUGGCAGCAUCUUGCUGUGGGGUGUUUUCAGAGACUGGUCAGGAUUGGGGGAAAUCUGAAUGGAGCAAAGUAUAGAGAUAUUCUAGAAGAAAAACCUGAUCUUGGGUGCUCUGUAUCUCAGGCUGGGUCCAAGGUUCACAUUCCAAAAAGACAUUGGGGGAGAUUUAUCAAGACCUGUGCAGAGGAAAAGUUGACCAAUUGCCCAUAGCAACCGAUCAGAUUGAUUCUAUAAUUUUUCAGAGGCCUUUUCAAAAAUGAAAGAAGUGAUUUCAUUGGUUGCUAUGGGCAUCUGGUCAACUUUUCCUCUGCACAGGGUUUGAUAAAUCUCCCCCAAUAAUCCCAAACACACAGACAAGACAGGAGACAGCUCAGUGAAUGUCCGUAAGAGGCCCAGCCAGAGCCCUAACUUGAACCCAAUCAAUCUCUAAAAAUGUCCAUCCACCAACAGCUCCCAUCCAACCUAACAGGACUUGAGAGGAUUAGCAGAGAAGAAUGGCAGACAAUGCCCAAAUCCAGGUGUGCACACCUUGUGGUAUCAAACCUAAGAAGACCGGAGAAUGUAAUCACUGCCAAAGGGGCUUCAACUAAGUACUGAGUAAAGGGUCUGAAUAUUUAUGUCAAUACAAUAUUUUACCAGGUUUCCAUAUAUGUAAUUUUUUAUCUAUGUGUAAAGCCAUUCAUUUAAACCUACUGGAAGGAGAGUGUUUUUUUUAUGUAUAGUAUAUAUUUUGUCCCACUUUGUGUUUCUUUAUAUAUUUGCACAGAUAAAUAUUGCAUUUACCUGGGUUUAACUGCUAGCUCUUGUACUGAUGAGGAAGAAGAAGCCUGAGACAGCUCUAUGCAAGUUAGCAUAGUCAACACUGUACUACAGGCUUUG